CUUUCUGCUUGCAUCACGUAUUGACAGAAAUGAGACUUCUGCUGAAAUGCCUGGCUCAAUAAAAGAUACAUGAGCAUAUGGCAGAUAACCUUCCAGAUGGAGGCCCAGAAGCACCCUGGUUUUACAGCUGCACUAGCAGAUCGACCAGUUCCAACCUCUUCUCUUCAGCCUGCGCAGGGUUCUUCAGAUCUCAGCCAAGGCAGUGCGAUUCCUCAGCAGGAACAAGCACUGUCGCAGCCUCUGUAUCUAAAAGCCCUUACCAUACCACUGUAUCAGCCCGUCCAGGCAGGAUGCUUUCAGCCAAACAGCCAGUUAGUGACUGGCAGGAGCUGUGUACAUCUAGAGAGCAGUAACAUACCUCUAAUCCUGAAUCCACUUGUUCCUUCAGAAGGCACAGAUCAGCCUCCAUCAGUUUUUCAGAAACAACUUGGGCAAACUCUAACAUUGAACAUAGUGAGCACUUUACCGGUUUUAUCGUCACCAAAUUCUUGUGUAAAUGCAUCUCUUGGAAGCCCAGGAAAAUCAAAAAAAGCUGGGAAAUAUAUCUGCAAACACUGUGGACGAGAUUGUUUGAAGCCAAGUGUCCUUGAGAAACAUAUUCGCUCUCACACGGGAGAGAGGCCCUUUCCAUGCACCACUUGUGGCAUUGCAUUUAAAACUCAAAGCAAUUUGUAUAAACACAGAAGAACUCAAACACACGUCAAUAACACCAGGCUGCCCUCGGACUCUGACAACAGUGGCAUCCUGGAGCAAAACGAGAAAUCAACGGAGAGCAUCAUGUCACAUCAAGGCAGCAAACUGCUUAGUACCACCCGUGAAGACAAGGGGAUACAGAUGAAACAAAUGAGUUCAGAGACCAGUGCUGUAUCAGACACUAAGAAACUUAAUGCCCUUUCACUGCCGGCAACAAGCAAUUCAUCAUUUGCUUCAGAAAAUCAGGAAACAGUGAAUCAGUCCUUUAGUUCAAAGGCUAAUCAGGGCAUUCCUGAAAGGGAACCUCAAAGUUUGUCAUCUCCAGGAGCUUUGCCAAACGGCCAGUGCCAGAGAAAGAAGAUACAGGACCAAAGAACUCCAACUGCCAAUAAGCAUAUUCAGUUGCAAAGGCAGCAAGCAACCUCUUCAGAAAAACAGUGGGAUUACAAGCCAUUUGACUGCAAGCUAAAGAAGUGUGAGAGCACUGACUCAGGGUAUCUGUCACGCUCCGAUAGUACCGAACAACAGAUGGCAUCAUCCAGCCCGUUGCAUAGUCUCUGUGAACACAGCACAGAACUGGAAAAUGAAACUGCCUUCAGCAGCUUAAGGUGUACCUCCGGAAGCAGUGCAAAGCUCGAUGCAGCUGAGAAAACUUCAGCCUUGAUGCUAGAGAAAAAGAGGCUGGAAGAACACAUUGCAAAACUUAUUUCUCAUAACAAAAGUGUGGUGGAUGAUACCCAGUUAGACAACGUUAGGCCCAGAAAAACUGUCCUUUCUAAACAGGGGAGCAUCGACCUGCCAAUGCCUUAUACAUACAAAGACUCUUUCCAUUUUGACAUCAGAACUUGUGAUGUAAAUAGGAAAAAGAAUCUUUCCCUUUGUUCAGCAAAAUCUACCUUUGCACCCCUAGAAAAAUGCAAGCCAAUGUUUUUUCAUUCAGUCCCCACCCAGUUCUCCACAACGAUAGACACCGUGCCUGUUACACGAAGCAACUCUUUGCCCUUUGUGGAGGGCACGAGAAUGCUUCAUGACAAAGCAGGUUGCUCAAAACCACUUUCACUUACUAAGCAGUCUGUAAAUACUGGCAGCGCUAGUGCGCUGCCUAGCAACAAUCUCGCUGCAAAUUCAGUGGAUUUUCCUAAUAGCCAUCCCCGCGCUCUAGUCAGACAAACAGCAGUGGAUGAUUUGCCACUAAGUAAUGUGGUCGAUCAUCCUCCUCCGUCAGAGGAGUUGCAAGGGAAUAGAAGGCUUGGGGCUGGAGAAGUAACCAGUGCUAAAAAUAAGAAACACAAUCAAAGGAAGUUAAAGAUGUUUUCUCAAGAGAAAUGGCAAAUGUACGGAGAUGAAACAUUUAAGAAAAUCUACCAAAAAAUGAAAAGCAGUCAAAAUGCCAAGAAAACUAAACAAAGGGGGAAUAAGAUUACAAAUAUUACAAGCUUCUCUCCUGAUUCAAAGCAAUCAGUCAGCAGUACUGAAAUUAGUGAGGAAAGAGAUGGCAGGAGCCCUGUUAGCGACAGCCUUUCCUCCCCUGUGACAACAGGUUUAAACACUGGUAUAUCAGAAACCUGUACUAACAGUAAACAUAUUCUAAAGAAUGCAUCCUCCGAGGAAACUGCAGGCAAUGUAACCUGCGUAAUGGAGACAUCACAUUCAGUAAACACUAGUGCACAUACUGUAAUGAGCAAAACUUCCCAAGACCUCAGUGGCAGUGACACAGAUAAAUCCAGAGGUGGCAACAGCAGUUGUGAGCUCAGGCUGCAAACUACUCAGUGUCAGCCGAGCACUAACAGAAGGAAUGAUGAGUGCUUGCCAGUACAGAGUAGCAAAUGGGUAAAAUCAAGCCCUGGGAAAGAAACCAGUAUGUUUGGAUCAGAUUGUAAAAACACUUCCAACAAUUAUGGAAACCAUAGCAGGAAUAAGGAAACUGGCCAGCACGCCCUGACGCCCCUGUGGAUCCAUUGCAACAACAACAGAGAAGCUGCAGGGAAAUCCCAGAAUUUACCAUCAGAAAGAAAAAAGCUGAAAUUUGAAGUGGAAAAGACACAAAACAUUCUUUCAAAGUCCUGCCCUUCUCCCACUAGUGAAAACAAUGCAGUACAUGAAGCGGAGAGAAUCUAUUGCACCAGCACUCAGUGUCCUUCCACAGCAUCCGUGAAAUCCUCCGGUAAAGUAGAGGAGCAAAUAUUAAGCACAGAGAUUAAUGAAUCCACUGGAGGUACUGAGAAUGUGGAGAAUAUGAAAACAAUCAAACGCCCCACAAAAGCUCUUAAUGAUAGUGAUGUUAACCCUCUUUCACAUUCAGCAGGUAUCUUGGAAGCUUCAUUUGUGGGAUUUUUAGGGCCUGAAUUAAGGGGAAGUGACUGCAAUUCUGCCUUGCACAAUGCAACAGAUAAAGAUGUCAAAACAUGUCUUGCGAAAACAGGAGCACAAGUACCACUUUUCAGUGACAAUGCUGUUGACAUGCCUUCUAAAAUCCAUCAUCUGCAAUCUGGUCCUUUAACUCCAGUCCCACAACAAAAUGCCUUUUCUCCAAAAUACAUCCUUAAAUUGCCACAAGACAAGAGAGCCUCAGAUUUGUCGCUUUUGCUUAGAUCAGAACAGAAGAUUACACCUUGCACAUCUGUGACAGACACCUUAACCACCCCCCCCUGCCCUUCCAGCAGCGGGUCACUUGGCUUUCAUGCUAAUGAUGUGGUUUGGUCCCCUUUAAAAUUUGAAGUGAGACAAAAGGCUGGCAAAGGAGAGCUACGAUGGAACGUACAGGCAAACUGGAAGACUCCAGUGCUUUGUUCACAGGUCAAUUCAGAAACAACAAAUAUCUUAGCUACAGCAGACAACAGCUUUUAUAACCAAAGCUUCAGGGAGCAGGAUAUUUUGAGAGAUGUUUGGAAAAACAAACAGAACAAAAAUAAAUUAAAUUAUCAAAGGCAAACAGAAGAGAAGUGCAUGAGCAUAACUACUUCCUCUACACAGACCCCAAAGAAGAAAAUACGCUUUACUUCUCUGUACACAAGUGGUUUUUUCAUAUCAGCUGAUAUCAAAGAAGAGAAGAAGGUUUUACAUCAUCUUUGCUCAGGAAGUGACUCUCUGAUAAUGACAUCAGCUUCUAGCAGCAGUGCAGAGCCAACAGUCGCGGGAUGGGACGGAGGUGGAAGCCCAGGCAUCCUUAAGGACGUUUCACCAGCACUGCAGGAUACGCAGCAUUCUCAGAGCUCAACAGACAACCCCACUUAUUUUUGCCAUUCCUUUGGCAGUUUUUGUUGCCACACUCUCACCACUCACUGUAAAGGAUUGCCAGUGCUACCCCACAAUGAUCUGACUUGCUGCUCUGGAAGUUUAACAGUGUCAAGUAUGAAGAGCACCUUCCCAUCACUAAAUGCUGAACCUCGAUUAACUUGGUGUUGUUUAACAAGAAGCCUUCCUCUGCCUGCUGAGCAGAAGGGGAAUGCAGACUCUGCUUAUUCGUCCAUGCACACCUGUGACAAGGGAUCUAGCGACGAACGCACGCUGUCAAAAUACGAUAUUUCUAUUUUCAAAAUGAAAAAUAUUAGCAAGACUGUGGCCUAUGGCUUAACAAACAGGAGUUUAAAAACAUUGGUUUCAUCCUUUUCUAAAGGACCACAGAUGCAGGAGGAAGAAGAAUAUGAAAGAACAUACACAUACACAUAUGAAAGAAGAUCCACAAAAGUAUUAAGCUCAGCAGCUCCUGGCGGUGCUUUCAAAAAUAUUUCAGAGCAAAAGAAGAAAACAGUAGUUUGCAAAAAGGAAAAACUCUCAGCAAAUAAACUCAAGAGGAGCCACAAACAGAAAAAGAUUAAAGUCACCCCAAAAUGGUACAGAGGGAGGCACGUACAUGGAUAUGCUCAGUUGAACCGACUAAGCAAGAGGCACUGCCUCCCAAAUAGAACACAGGAUGCUUUGAAAAAGGGCUAUUCAUCACAACCCUGUAAAUUUAAUAAGUAUAAGAAGUGCCAUGCUCCUCAAUCAAAGGUACAAGAAAAUUACCUAGACCAGCAAAAAGACACAUCUUGUUCCACUUCAGACAAGCUGCUUUGUGGAGGGAAAAAAGAAGGAAAGAAUAACUCAGGAAUAUUUUCCCAUACUGAAAAUCUAAACCAUGUUAAACAAAAAGACAAAAUGGUUAAAAAAGACAUUUCUGGGCAAAUCAGGGACCACACAAGAACCAACUUUUCUUUUCAGAAAGUUACAGCUCCUCUGGGAAUAUCUGUGACAGCUCAUUCCUUUUCAUCCACAGUUAAUACAGCCACGCAGCAAGCCAGCAGUGAUGUGGAAAUCGGCUGUUUAGUGACACAACCGCUUGUGCUUCAGCGAUCAGCCCCAGGGGAGCCGCAGCCAACCGUUCAGAGUGACUCAAUGGCAUCUUGUUGGUCUUGCCCUUCUGAUUUUACAAAGACAGGCAGAGGCGACCAACUUGACAGCACAAACUCAGAGACUACCGCUCCUCUUUCCUUACAUCUAGAAGCAAGCCAGGAAAACAUACUAAAUGCAGAGUCAGAGGGUCAAAGAUUUGCUACGUUAGACCUGGUGAUGCAGGCCUCAGGAAGGGAGAAACCUCCAACUGAAGAAAACACAGAAUCUUCUCCAUCAGAAAACUCAACCCCCGGUUCCCAGCCUGGAUGUUCACGUUUAUUCGGAUCAAAAGCGGAGCCUCUUCCUGAAUCAGACACAAGGGCUAAAUUACCCAGUACAGAAUACGCAGAGCGGGCAAACUUUUCUCAUAAAACCCUUGACCUUCAUGGAAGUGCAGACAAGAACGGAACCCACCUGCAGUCAAAUAGCUAUGGGAGGCCACACCAAAGAGCUACUACUACCGCUUUUAAAAAGACCCCAAUGGCUCUCAGGUCCCCCGAGUUCAAGACUUACUCUGCAACACCUUCCAAGACAUAUAAAAAGAGAGGUUUAGAGAUGAUGCGGAAGCAAACCAGAGUUGAGUAUGAUGACACUAGCAGUGAUGAUGAAGAUAGGCUUGUUAUAGAAAUAUAGCAGAUAGGCUGCUAACAAGACGCUUGUAUGACGGCCCAUUACAGAAGGAAAUACCAUGGAUGUUUGACCCGUAUUUCUGAAGCACCUUAAAAUCAGAAAAGCCAUUCGUCUGUGCAAUAGGCAGCAUUCUCUUCUGAAGAGAGUCCUUUAUUUCAAGGACAAAAACUUUUUAAAAAAAGCUUAUUUGAAGCAGAGAGGGAGCUGGCAUCACACAUUUAAAUGCAAGCGGUAGACCUGUGUUUAUGCCGGGUUUCCAACAUUGGUAAUGUUCUUACCAGUCUUAUGUAAUUCCCACAAGUGCUAGCUGCCAGUGGUUGUAUUAUUAAAAGGCUGCAGUGUAUUUAUUUACUACUAACAAUACAAUAGCAGCAGCUUCCUCAAUAUAUGAGCUAAGAUUUCCUGGAAGGGUAUGGAUGUGUUCUGUUCUCUAUACUCCUCAUGUCUUGUAGUCACUGCCAUAUGUACUGGGAGUGAUUCACUGGCAUUAAGGGGAUGAUCUGUUCCCUAAGUAUCCGUGACAUUGGAAGAGUUUGGAAAAAUGCUGAUCUUUUUUCCAUGUUGCACAAAUGUCAAUGCUUCUUUGUGACAAAUGACACAAGCAUGCUUUGCUUUGUGUUUUGUGCCUUUUAUGCCAAGAUCUACUCAAACAUUCUUGAUUCCUAGUUGGAGAAUAUGGGUGUUAGCUAUUGGUAUUUCCUUGUGGUAACAUUUCCGACAAGGACUCUCCCAUCAUAUUCAUCACAUUGUGCUCCAACUGAUGUUAUCUGGAAUCUUUCAUUUUUAUUGUAAUCUUAAGUUCAACUGCGAUGAUGCUAUUUUAUUGAGAGUAAAGAAGCUAUAUGGCAUAGCUUGUUUUCUUUUUUUAACAAAAAGUUUUGUGCUACGAACCCUAAAAUUUACUGGUUUCUAUGUGAAUAAAUCAUUGGA